AUGCAUCAUUCACCUCUCUCUGUCUCUCUCUCUCUCUCUCUCUCUCUCUCUCUCUCUCUCUCUCUCUCUCUCAAUGAGCCACUGAAAUUGCCUUCUGGUCAACUUGCUACCUGCAUCAAUUCUUUUUGCCAUCCAGUGAAAAACUUUUCAAUCAUAAUUUAUUCUACUUUUUUUCUUAUUUACACAAGUGCUGGUGUUUCUCUCAGGGAAGAAGAUCUAAGACCUAUUUCUGAACAUUCGUAUGGCAGCAGGAGUUUCACUUUUCUUGUUGCCAAUAACUCUACUGGAACUCUACAUCGAAAGGAAAUGUCAAAAAUACAAAAGAACAGACGACAUUGGUUAGCACCAAGGUUUCGUUGCUUUUUAUCUUUUUCUUCAUUUACUCUUGUUACUCAUUUUGUCUUAUCUUCCUCCUCUCUUUCAUAUUCCUCUCUUCUUUUCUUUGUUCUUUCUUUCCUUUCGCAUCAGUGUUCUUUUUCCUUCUUUGUUUUUGAUUUUACUUUUACAACACUUUUUUCUUUCUCAUCUCUGAUUUUGUUCAUUCGCACCUUUUCCAGUUUUUUGUCUUAUUUUUGUUUUUCGCUCUCUUCUUUUCCGUUUUCCUCUUCUUUUUUUUCAGUCCGAUCCUUAUAA